GUGGAAAUUACACAACACACCCUCACACUGCGGAUUUUCUCAGACUAUCAUUCCUUGGCAUCAUAUUCUGCUUGUGCUCAGGAAAAACUCAUUCAGUGCAUCCAUGUCAUCACCGUGCCUCAGUAGUGUUCUGACACAUGCCAACCUCGCCAUGUAUCAGACUAUUGUCCCUGAGGUCGUGGCACAGCAGCCCAGUGCGCUGCACAGCAUCAACUCCCUGCAGAUUAGUAAUCCAGCAUACAUCUCUAACAUCAGUGGUCAGUCGUACAAGCAGAUCACCCCUAACUGCUGGACAGCAGACAAUGUUCUUGAGUGGAUCAGCGACCAAGUAGAGAGCACCAAAUUUGAUGCAAACACCCUGAGUCUGGCCUACUGCACCAUGGAUGGCCCCACCCUCUGCGAGAAGAACGAGGACGAGAUGAUCGAGAUCUUUGGCCCACAGCUUGGCCCACAACUCCACCAGAGUCUGCAGGAAUACAAGACCAAAUAUGAGCUACAGAGCCUCUCAGGACUGGAGCUGAAUGAGACCUGGCAGGUUCUGGACAACUUCCUGAACAGUCUCCCUUUACUCAGCACCCUUAGAUUUGGCCCAGCUGAAGAAACUGAUCGCAAGAAGGAGUUUGACUACAAGGAUGAUUAUUAUCUGACCAGUUUGACCACUGAGCCCACAGGAGACACUGAGUCUGACAGCGAAUACAGCUCUUCAUCAAACUGUAGCAGGUUUGUCUUUUCAAGCAUGGGCUCACCAGAGUCUGGUAGUGGGGAGUCUGACCCAGAGUUCUCCUACCCUCUAAUUUCAAAGGUGCACAUCAAAACUGAGAAAGGAGACUCUCGAGUGAAGCGCCCACGGGGGCGACCUCCCAAACUCAGCAGACAGCACAGCUGCAACAUUUAUCACAGUCCAAAGAAAAACAAACACGCACCUCGUGGCACUCACCUAUGGGAGUUCAUAAGGGACAUUCUGAUCAACCCAGAGAGGAACCAGGGCCUUAUGAAGUGGGAGGACCGGCACGAGGGUGUCUUUAAGUUCUUAAAGUCCGAGGCUGUGGCCCAGAUGUGGGGCCAGAAGAAGAAGAACAGCAGCAUGACAUACGAGAAACUUAGUCGGGCCAUGAGGUAUUACUAUAAGAGGGAGAUCCUGGAGCGAGUUGAUGGCCGGAGGCUGGUAUACAAAUUUGGAAAGAACUCCAGUGGGUGGAAGAUUGAGGAGAUUGGCAUGGGCAUGUGAAGCAUCAGUCAUAGAGUGGGUAGAGCAAAGGAGCUAAUUAGUUAGCAGUGAGCCUAUGUUUACCAAGUGUCUCAGAAUCUGUCCUAGAAUCUGUGAUGAAAUUUAACUAAGGAAUAA